AUGCGCAGUUCAGACCUGAUCGGCUGCUAUGCGAAAACGCACAGCAGUGAUCAGCUCUUAAUCAGCCCCAAUGAGCUGGAAACUGAUGACUUAUACGAGGAAGUGAGCAAUAAUCUUAAUCAGGGAAAAGUAGUGGAUGUUGUCUACCUAGAUUUUGCAAAAGCCUUCGAUACAGUGCCUCACAGGGGACAGAUCAUCAAAUUAAAGGAGCUUGACCUAGGAAAAACUAUUUGCAUAUGGAUAAGUAACUGGCUGGACAGCAGAGUACAGCGUGUAGUGGUCAACAGGAAAUCCUCAACCAGGUUCCCAGUAGUCAGUGAAAACACACAAGGGUCCAUACUCGGACCACUACUGUUCAACAUAUUUAUCAAUGACCUAGGAAUAGGACUCAAAAGCACAGUGUCAAGCUUUGUAGAUGAUACUAAACUGUGUAAGCUGGAUUUGUGGAAGCCUCAAUCUCCGGAAGGAAUUCACCAAGGAAGCCGGGUCCAUGUCCGAAUCCCAUCUUCUUAUGUUAAACCAGUGAAGGAUAAGCUUCUCCAGAAUGACAUUCCAUAUACCGUACUGAUCAAUGAUGUGCAGCAGUCAAUAGACAAAACCAUAACUUCUAAGAAAAACACGAAGGCCGUGUCCUUGGAAAAUUAUGUCUAUACAGAGUAUCACCCAAUGGAUGAGAUCUAUGAUUGGAUGGAAGAGAUUAAGCUGAAGCAUAGUGACCUGGUGACAAAGCUUUACUUGGGAAGCACAUAUGAACGGCGAUCAAUAUACUACUUUAAGAUUGGAUGGCCGUCGGACAAGAAGAAGAAAAUCAUGUUUAUAGACUGCGGCUUUCAUGCCAGAGAAUGGGUCUCCGUGGCUUUCUGUCAGUGGUUUGUAAAGGAGAUUGUUACUAAACACCAGACUGAUGCUUUGCUCAACAAGGUCCUUAGAGAAGUAGACUUCUACGUUGUUCCUGUAUUUAACAUCGAUGGCUAUAUUUACUCAUGGACAACGGAGCGUCUGUGGAGAAAGAAUCGCGCCCCAUACGAAAAUGGCACCUGUUACGGAGUGGACCUGAAUCGGAAUUUUGAUGCGCAGUGGUGCAGUGCAGUAAUAGUGAGAUCAGGACUAUUUCAGAACUUGCCAUCUUUUGCUAUUGGCGCUUCUAGAAACUGCAACAGCUCCACCUUUUGCGGAUCAUCUGUAGCCUCAGAACCCGAGACUAAGGCACUGUCAGGCCUCAUAGAGCUGAUCAAGUCUGAUAUUCUCUUCUACCUGACCAUACAUUCCUAUGGAAAGAUGAUUCUCCUUCCCUACGGUUACACGCUCGAUCUAUCUAAGGACCAUGAACUGCUGAUGAGCGUGGCAAACAGAGCUAACGCCAAAAUGAAGGAGAAGCACAACAAUGAGUAUGCGGUGGGAAAUUCAGCAGAUGUAAUACAAUAUUUUGACUCUGGGUCAUCAGGUGAUUGGGCGACUGACAUUGGAAUCAAAUUCUCAUAUACCUUUGAGCUAAGAGACAAUGGCACCUAUGGAUUUCAGCUCCCAGCAGACCAAAUUCAGCCCACUUGUGAAGAGACUACAACUGCAAUCAUGUCCUUUGUAGAAUAUGUCAGUGAAAACUAUCUUGAAGACAGUGCGUUGUCCGUCACUUCUUCCUGGCUCAGCGUCCCCUUCUCACUGGCUGUUUGCAUGUACUACGCCACAGCCAAUUAAUUGCCUCAUUUGUGAUUAAGGUUUGUGGACAAUGUUGAUGUUCGAUGCAAAUGAAAAUACAAUUGUGAAAUAAUUACCUAAGAAGAACGCCAAUAUUGGUACAAUUAAAAUGGAAGUUGAAUUAUA